ACCAGGAAGUGAAGUCGUGAUGUCAACAAAGUCGCAGCCAGAUGCUUUUGGGGCAGCCGAGAUGAAGCUGUGUGUCUGUUUUUGUACAGUAUAACCAGGUUUAAAGUUAACGAUUUGAAAAUGACAGGCGUUAGCUUUAAACCCUUUGUGUUGUUCUUGUUUUUUGUGAAUGUGUGCGUGUCAGAGCGAGUUCAGGGAGCAAACUCUUUAGACUUGCACAAGAGAGAUGUAAUUGACGAAGGGGACGAGCAGAAAAGGAUUAUUGCUCUUGGGAAAACGCAGACGUCUAAAACGAAUGACAAAGCUGGUGAAGUCGGUUCAGACGACCCUCAAACGGAAGGACAACUCGCCAGCAAGUCAAAUGACACGUCUGAAAGCAACAGCAAUGAAACUUCUCAUCUUUCUACAACUACUGCCAAACCAACUACGGCGCCACCCCCAACACCAAAGCCCAUUCUGCCUGUGCAGACAGGGGUGAAGGCCCAGGAAGAGGAGCAGUCCAGUGGGAUGACUAUUUUCUUCAGCCUGCUAGUUAUUGGUAUUUGCAUCAUAUUGGUGCACCUGCUUAUCAAGUUCAAGCUGCAUUUUCUUCCAGAGAGUGUGGCUGUUGUGUCACUGGGCAUUCUAAUGGGAGGAUUCAUUAAGAUUAUUGAGUUCCAGGAGCUGGCCAACUGGAAGGAGGAGGAGAUGUUUCGACCCAACAUGUUCUUCCUUUUAUUACUUCCUCCCAUCAUCUUUGAGUCUGGGUACUCUUUGCACAAGGGUAACUUCUUCCAGAACAUUGGUUCCAUCACUCUGUUUGCCGUAAUCGGUACAGCCAUCUCUGCCUUCAUAGUCGGGGGAGGGAUCUACUUCCUUGGCCAGGCUGAUGUGAUCUAUAAGAUGACCAUGACUGACAGCUUCGCCUUUGGUUCUCUGAUCUCAGCAGUGGAUCCUGUAGCUACCAUCGCCAUAUUUAAUGCUCUUAACGUGGAUCCAGUCCUCAACAUGCUGGUGUUUGGUGAGAGUAUCCUCAAUGAUGCAGUCUCCAUUGUCCUCACCAACACAGCAGAGGGGUUUGCUUCCCGCUCUGAAAACUCCACAGUAACCGGAUGGGAGACCUUCAUACAAGCCCUGGGAUAUUUUCUUAAAAUGUUCUUCGGCUCUGCUGCCCUGGGAACCCUGACUGGACUCAUUUCUGCUCUUUUUCUGAAGCACUUUGACCUGAGGAAGACUCCAUCACUGGAGUUUGGUAUGAUGAUAAUCUUUGCAUACCUUCCCUACGGCUUGGCAGAGGGAAUCAAACUCUCCGGAAUAAUGUCCAUCCUGUUUGCGGGGAUUGCCAUGUCCCACUACACCCAUCACAAUCUUUCUCCCAUCACCCAGAUCCUAAUGCAGCAGACUCUACGAACUGUAGCCUUCAUGUGUGAGACAUGUGUGUUUGCCUUUCUCGGGCUCUCCAUCUUCAGCUUCCCACACAACUUUGAAAUCUCCUUUGUCAUCUGGUGUAUAGUCCUGGUCCUUCUUGGCCGAGCGGUGAAUAUCUUCCCCUUGUCGUUCCUGCUGAACUUCUUCAGAGACCACAAGAUCACACCCAAAAUGAUGUUUAUCAUGUGGUUUAGUGGCUUACGAGGGGCCAUUCCCUACGCUUUGAGCCUUCAUUUGGGCCUUGAGCCCAUUGAGAAGCGUCAGCUAAUCGGCACCACCACCAUCAUCAUCGUGCUCUUUACCAUCCUCUUCCUCGGGGGAGGGACAAUGCCGCUAAUCCGCAUCAUGGACAUCGAGGAAAACAAGUCACGGCGUAAGAACAAGAAGGAUGUCAACCUCAGCAAGACACAGAAGAUGGGUAAUACCAUUGAGCCAGAGCACCUAUCAGAGCUGACAGAAGAGGAGUACGAAGCUCACAUCUACCAGAGACAAGAUCUGAAGGGCUUCAUGUGGCUCGAUGCUAAAUAUCUUAACCCCUUCUUCACGCGAAGACUCACCCAAGAGGACCUGUUACACGGACGCAUCCAGAUGAAGACGCUGACAAACAAGUGGUAUGAGGAAGUUCGCCAGGGCCCGUCUGGGUCUGAGGAUGACGAGGAUGAAGCAGAACUUCUGUAAACACCUCUGGUCUCUGUGAAGCAACAUUCUGGGCUGGAUGUUACUGAAGUCACGCUACUGAGCCAUCUGGGUGCCUGCUGCGUACUCCUGCACUACUGUGAAAUCUGUUUUCCCAGGAAAAUUAGAUUUAAAACUCAAACUUUGGAUUAAAGAAUGUUAAAAUGUUACAUGCUGCAGGAACUCGCUGGUUAUCGGUUUGAGCUAAAACGUCUGAGCAGCAGACCGGGUCAUCUCCUAUUUGAAGGAUUUCAUCUAAAGGGAAAGCUGCAGAUAAACUGUGAUGUGACAUGUUCUGUUAAACAACUCUAAAGCACCUUUUUCACUCUCUUCCUUCACAUUUUUAUCUGUCAUUGAUGGUUGGUUUGUACUAAUUUUGUAUCUCUGUCAGAGAGAAGCAGCUUUAGGCAGGAUUUAAGAAAGGGAGUACUUUGCAUCCUUUCUGUUGUUUUAAUUCUCUCUGCCUCCAACUUACUUCACUGUGUCUGAACUGGGCCUUCAGGUGUUUCUCCUGUGAUUUUUGUUUUUUUCAAUCAUGGAUUUCUACUGAAAAUUGGCACAAAUGAAUGUGGGGAAAACGGUCAUGUCAUGUCCCGUUAACAUUUUCCUUGUUUAUUUAUUUAUUUUUAAAAUUUUAUGUGUUCAUUGUUCGAUUUUGUACAGAUGCGGUGAAUGCAAGAUUACUAAGAAAUCUAUAAUAAAUCAUGUUGACAUCA